AUGCUAAAAAAAGACAAAUUUGUCACAGAGUAUCUUAGAACGAAUGAUGCAGAGAGUAAAAAGUUCAAGCAUGAGUCUAUUCCAGAUGAGAAGAAAACCUUGCUAGGAAGUAUAGUUACUGCAAAUGAUAUUCAAGAAGAAUUUGACAGAAAUAGCUCUAUUCUGAUAAAUAUUGUCUCUGUUAAGCCAAUUACUCUAUCAAGCAACUAUGAAAAAAAAGUUCUGGAAAAAGUUCAAGCCCACUUCCAAAAGCAAUUCAUAAGCAAAAAAAAUAGCUACACAGAGGUUGAGAAACUUUGGUUUGACAGUACCAACCCAAAAAGAGAAUCUAAGAUUCCUGGUUCGAUCCAGUAA